AUGGCGGAUACCUUUGAGUUUGAUGACGGCGUGGGAAGCGUGGACUCGGCCGUGGACCCCUUUGCCGAUUACCAGCAGCCCUCGAGCGGCUUCGGCUUUGUCGAUGACGAGCCCCCCGCCCCCUCUUCAUCAUCAUCGGAUCGCGUAGCCUCGUUCGACGAACAGGUCGCCCCCGCGUCCCCGCAGCAGCCGUCGCAGCAGCAGAGCGGUUCGUCGGGCAGCGUCGCUACGACCCAGCAGCAGCAGCAGCUGGAGGAUGAGAACUCGCCCCUGCGGGUCUACCAGCGCGAGCAGCAGCAGAAGCUCGCCGAGCGCGAGAAAAAGUCGAGGGAGGAGCACGACAAGGUGCGCGCUGCCGCCAGGGCCGAGAUCGACAAGUUCUACGAGGAGAGGCGCCAGAAGCGCGACAAAGCCAUCAAGGACAACCGGGCGGCGCAGGCGGAGACGAAGAAGGACGAGAGCGGAGCGGGCGCUUCGGGCUGGGCGCGUGCCGUGGCCCUCGUCGACCUCAACGCCGGCAAGACCGAAGGAAAGGACGUGUCCCGCAUGAGGAAGAUCCUGCUGGAGGCCAAGCACGGCGCGCUGCCCCUCAAAUCCCACUAA